CGAUUUCAAAAGCCUGUAGAUGACGUUAACUCGCUACGCUAGACAAUGGCGGGACAAUGUGGGGUCAAGUCAACAGCUACCUACCCUUUGGCGGGGCAUUGGGCUACACCAACUUCACUCGUCUGAUAACUGCUAAACAGAGUUGAGGUAUCAGACACAGCUUUAAAACAGCUACAAAGGGGGCUUUACCUAUUAGCAAAGUCAAACAAAGCUUCACAAUGGCGUCGGAAUCGCGACUGUAUACCUUCUCUGGAGAGUCAAAGGACCACCUCCGCAAGUUUAGACUUACUACUUCUCGGGCUAAGGAUCCCCAAGCUGUUAUUUACCUGAUCGAUAAGAACACUUACGAAAUCCGACAAGACGAAGACAAGACCGUUUAUACUUCCCUCGAAGAAAUUGGCGAUGACCUCCCCGAUCAUGCGCCUCGAUUCAUCCUCCUGAGCUACCCUCUCACCAUGGGCGAUGGGCGCUUGUCUGUGCCAUACGUACUUAUCUUCUACCUCCCCGUUACCUGCAACGCCGAGAUCAGGAUGCUCUACGCCGGCGCCAAGGAGCUGAUGCGCAACACGGCCGAGGUCGGACGAAUUAUUGAUAUCGAGUCAGCGGAAGAUUUGGAAGAAAUCCCCGACAAGCUCAAGUCAGAGUAAUCAAGAAUCACACAAAAGAAAGGCAACGUGUCGUGGCAGCGAAAUCCAUAUAUCAUGAUCUACAUAAAAACGUAACUUCGAGAUAACUGCCUACUCAUCCGGCAGCACAUCCUGGGUGUUUAAUCCCAACUGCAUCGCAACAUUCUUGACAACUCCUUGAAACGCGAUGCAGGCGGGGCUAUCUGGGAAUGAGUCGAAGUAACUCUCUCCGUAAUCACAUGCCAUCCUGAUCCUAGGGUCCAAGGGCACUGAUCCCAAGAAGGGAAUGCCCAUCUCUUCAGCCAGUGCACGUCCUCCUCCUGUGCUUGCCUUAAAGAUCUGACUUUCGGUUGAACACUUGGGGCAAACGAAGCCGCUCAUGUUCUCUGCAAGACCUAACACCCUGAUGCCGGCUUUGCGGCAGAAGUCGAUCUCUUUUCUUACAUCCAGGAGUGAGACCUCCUGCGGUGUGGUGACCAUGACAGCGCCAUCGAUCCCACUCUCCUUCAGGAAUGAGUUUACACUGAGAUGCUCAUCGCUUGUGCCUGGUGGUGUGUCGACAAGUAAAAAGUCAAGGUCACCCCAUUCCACAUCCUUGAGAAAUUGCUUGAUCAGACCGUUCUUCUUGGGACCCCGCCAAAUGACAGCGUCAUCCCGGUUGGGCAGUAGAAACUGAAUACUCAUGACAGAGAGGUUGUCCAUGACCCAGAUAGGUGACCAACCUGUACCGCUGACAUGCACAGUCUCGCCCUCCACGCCCAUCAUCUUGGGAAUACUGGGUCCACAGAUAUCAGUGUCCAUGAUACCCACGGUGCUGUCUGGAUUUGUCGCGAAGGCGUGUGCCAACAGGGAUGUAAAUGUACUCUUUCCGACGCCGCCCUUUCCGCUUAGUACUAGGAUUUUGUGCUUGACAUUCUCCAGGCGCGCCGAGAUGAUAGGGAUAUCAGGAUCUGGUCCUUUGGGCGCUGAUGCGCAGAUGGCCUGGUUUGGACACCCGGCGCAUGCGUCCGCUUUACCAGCUUGCUCUGAAUCGGGGCCAACACAGUUCUGAGGCUCUGGGGCAACUAGUUGUGGCUUCUGCUUGAUCGGAUUGGCGAGGACAUCGUCUACAGCCUCCGAGGCCUCAAGAGAGGGUGCCAUUGUCUUUUUGUGAAGUGACGUGAAGCGAGGGAAAGUGAGUCGGAGGUGGCAACGUGAGCUCGAAGCUUAAUAAUGUACCAAACCUGCAAUUUUAGGGUUGUCUUGAAUAGCGAGGAACAGAGUAGCAAGAAAGAAAAAGAAGUGAGGGUAAAUUCUUCCCGAUUGGGAUCUGGUAUCUUUCUGGAUUAAUUUCUGAGAGAGUCCAAAGAAUGUUGACGCGGUUAAGAUAAUCGAUGUGGUUGUUCCUAG